AUGACUACAUCUCAGUGUUCACUAGCUGUACCCACAGAUUCUACACAUCCACAUAAAAUAAACUCCCCGAUUGUGAUUAAUCAAUGGUCAUCGUCAUCAUCGUUAUCAGUAUGUCCAGUUGAUGAUCAUCCAGGUGAACGAGUAAGUCUGAAUGAACUCCCAGAGAAACCAGUACAUCAUGCCCUGACAGAUUCAAUCAAUACAUGUUCAUUAGAAACACAGCUGUACAAUGAAGAGGAGAAAUUCAUUGCUGAAUGUCUAGCCGUGGAUAGUAGUCAUCAUAACCACCAUAACCAUCAUCAUCAUCAUGAUAAACUAUUACAUAAUGAUAUUAUUCUGGAUGAUUUCGACUAUGAUAGAGAUUUAUUACAAAAUCCAUAUUUUUAUACAUCAUAUACUGAUUAUGAUUGUGAGUUAGCUGGUGGGGGUGGUGGUGCAGCAGGAUUUAAUCAUUCUCCAAUAUUGAGUAGAGGGUAUUCAAGACAUGCAAGAAAACUUGACAGUGAUCCAACUAUUAUACUGACAUUGUUGAAAUGGGCACGUGUUGGAUCUAGUCAACUGCAUGGGGAUGAUGAUCAGAUAGAUCGGAUUAAUUAUCAAUUUACAAGUGUACUUCUGUUGAUUUUAUUAACACUGACAGGAUUUAGACAAUAUUUAUGUAAGUUUGGUUAUUUUUUAUCGAUUUUAUUGUAUUGA